UUUUACAUUAUCUACAGUAUAAAAGGAACUACAGGUCCUAAGUUUUAGACCCAAGAACACUUCUCAAAAUGACAGCAAUUAGUGAUGUGGGAGUCGCUCUUGUAGCAUUGUUUUCAGUGGCAGGAGGUGCGAUGCUAGAAAAGCCAGAGUACAACUACUUCAAAUAUCAUCCUAUGUCAGAGAUCUCUGAAUGGAUGGCUCAACUUGCAAAAGAGUACCCUGACAUUGUAACCAUAGUGGACUAUGGGAUGACCUAUGAGCUUAGGACAAUUAGUAUGCUCAAGAUUGGUGUGGAUACUGGAGCGAAGAAGAAAGCUAUCUGGAUGGACUGUGGUAUUCAUGCCAGGGAGUGGAUUGCUCCGGCCUUCUGUCAGUACUUUGUCAGCCAGAUUUUACAGAGAUACAAGACAGACCCUAAAAUGGGAGCGAUGAUUACAAACAUGGAUUUUUACAUCACCCCAGUCCUCAACAUGGACGGUUACAUCUAUUCGUGGAAGGACAACACAACCCGUCUCUGGAGGAAGAACAGAUCACCAGGACCAGCAGGCUGCAACUGCUCCGGGACUGAUCUUAACCGCAACUUCAAUGCCAACUGGGGCACUGUCGGGGUGUCGUAUGACUGCUGCAAUGACAUUUUCUGUGGCAGAGCUCCCGAGUCUGAGCCUGAGGCACAGGCUGUUACCUACUUUGUAGGAAGCAGGAAGGAGGACUUCCUGUGUUUCCUCACCAUCCACUCCUAUGGCCAACUGCUUCUGGUCCCCUAUGGACACCCGAACAUCACCGCCAACAACUACAAGGAACUGAUGGAUGUUGGUAUGGGUGCGGCCGAAGCCAUUAAGAAGGUCCAUGGGAAAAUCUACAAAGUAGGAACCUCACCAGAUAUAUUAUAUGCCAACUCUGGUUCUUCUAGAGAUUGGGCUCGUAUCCAGAAAAUCCCCUUCUCCUACACCUUUGAGCUGAGAGAUGACGGGCAUUAUGGCUUCCAGCUCCCUGAGGAUCAGAUCCAGCCCACCUGUGAGGAGGCCUACAGUGGAGCCCUGCACAUAAUCACCUACGCCCAUAACAAGGUUUUUAAUGGCGCUGUGGCAUCCACUGUGCCAACACUUUGGACUGUGUUGGUCGUGGUAGGAGUCACAAGUAUCAUGUGA